AUGGUUGUAUAUAUGGUUGUAUGGUUGUAUGUGAUAAUCUAUGGUGUUACUUUUAAAUGGGUGUUUCCUCCUGAGGAUUGCAUCAUCCUAUCUGGUGAAUAUGCUACAAAUUUUAUUCCAAUGAAGUUUAAUUUCGGUAAUCCAUUAUAUGUUUUCUGUCUUUCAGAAAUCUUUUCGCCAAUAAAGUCACACCGAGUAGAGCUAGUAAACCACCUAAAUAAUAAUAUUCCUCAUCCUCAAUCACGAGUAUCUCAUACGGCCAUCUUGCAUGAACAAUCCUAUUCCUGCAACAUUUCCAUCCCGUUCUAUCCCACGGGUACGGUAUCAUUUGGGAAUAGUCACGCAUGCCAGAGAGCGCAUCGAGUAGGAACACAAGCCGAUGCUACAUAUAUUGCGUAA